CUGCAAUUUAAUCAAUCGUGGCCUUUGAUUUUAUUUACUGUUGAGAAACCUAAUGAAAGCGGUGCAUUUUCACGGCAGGGGUGCGUUUCUCGACACCUGUUUGGCGCGUGUUCUGGCAGCCCUGUUUUAACUGUUGUGAACUGCAGGUGUCGCCCGUGUGCCGUGAUUCAACCGAUUCCAGUCAAUUAAUCAUUUUAUGAAGCUUUAAACUCUUCCCUUUCCUACCAUUUCGGUUGAGUCACUUACCUCGGAAACUUUUUCGAGAUUAUAAACUCAAAUACAGCGGACUGAUCACUGUUCAUCUGAGUUUUCAGGGCGAAUUUCAACCACAACUUCCCACCAAUCACAUUUUCCGUCUCAAGACGCAGCGUGUUGCAUUCAAGACGUAAAAUCAAGAGAUGUGAUUGGUGGGAAGUUGAGUUUGUGCGCAUGCGUGGGAAGUGUUUGUAUUUCGGUUUGACUCGGAAGAACUGCUUGAAGUUGGUGAUGGACAGUCUGGAGGAGGAUCUGACGUGUUCUGUUUGCUACGCGCUCUUCACGGAUCCGCGAGUGUUGCCCUGCUCACACACCUUCUGCAAGAGCUGUCUGGAAAGCGUGCUGCAGGUCUCGGUUAAUUUCUCAAUCUGGCGACCCCUCCGGCUGCCCCUCAAAUGCCCCAACUGCCGCAGCGUAGUAGAGCUGCCCACAAACGGCCUGGACGCGCUUCCGGUUAACGUGUGUCUGCGUGCAAUCGUAGAAAAAUACCAACGUGAGAGUCGCCCCCGUUCUCCAUCCUGCCCUGAGCAUCCUGGCCAGCCUCUCAAUGUGUACUGCGUGCAGGACCGCAAGCUGAUCUGCGGCUUCUGUCUGACCAUCGGGCAGCACCAGGGACAUAAAAUCGAUGAUCUGCAGACGGCGUAUGUAAAGGAGCGCACCGACCAGCCCACAUUCAUCCAGAGCCUAAGAGGCGAGCGCUGGGAGGAGAUGAACCGUCUGGCCGAACAGCUUCAGAUGGAGAAAACCCGCAGUGAAGCGCUGGUGCAGAAAGAUCGAGAGGUGGCGCUGGUUUUCUUCCAGGGGCUCGAGCUCACCUUGGCCCAGAAGAAGGAGCAGUUCAUGCAGGCGCUGGAGCGGGCGAAUGUGCUUCUCAAUCAGGCCUACGAGCCGCUGAUGGAGCAGCUGAAAGGUCUGCAGGAGGAGCACAGCCAGCUGCAGAUCCUGAUCUCCAGCAUGGAGGAGGACCAGGAGAGUCCGCUGGAGUACCUGGAGAAGGUGCAUCAGCUGAGGGAGCGAAUAAACACUCUGAACUGCACACCGAUGCCUACUGUACCCAGCCUUCAGAUGAGCCCACGAGCCGAGAGAUUCAUUGAAAAACACUGGACCGAUGUGACCCUCAGAGAUCUGAGAGACGGGCCACUUCCAGAGAUCUCCUGGCACUCAGAGAGCUGCUCAACCAGCAGAGCACAGGUCUCAGAUCAGACUCGCUGCUGGAGGAUCUGUGUGUGUUUAUGUGUGAUCAUGCUGCUGCUGCUGUUCUGUCUCAAUAGAGGAACACACUGGCUUUCUGCUCUCCGUCAGGCUGGAGAAAACGCUCUGAGUGGACUGAGUCAGCCACUGCGUGAUCUAGGCGCGCUCUUCUGUUGUGUGCUGCAGAACACUGGCAGUAAAUUACAGGCAUUCAUCUCUACUGUAGGAGAACACACACAUCAGCGGCUGCUCCGCUUCUUAAAAGAAUUACACUGGUGUUAAAGCACCAUGACUGCGUCUGAAUCACAUGCAGAUGUCAUUGCGCAGAUGUCAAAAGCACAAUGGCUGUGUUUGAAAUCGCAUACUAUAUAGUACACUAAUAACAGAUUGACCUACAACUAAUGCGAUAGGUCGUCCCAAUUUCAUUUAUACUACUUCAAGUCAUACUAAAUGAAUCGCACUAUUCUAAAGGUCGUGUAGUAAAUUCAAAUGCAGUGCAUACUCUAGCAGGCGAUUUCAGAUGCAGCCCAUGAAACCGAAGUUAAGAUUGUUUUUUUUUCUUCUUUAAUUGUGACGUACAUGCACUUGAAACUGCUUUGAAAUGAGAAAAAAAUGUAGCGCAGUGGAUGAUUUCAUCAUUUUGAAAAUCAGUUGGAUCGUUGGAAGCGUUGCUAACAAAAUGAAGGAAGACGAAUAGACAAAAGUAGGGCACAAACAAGACACACCCUAAAUUACUGAUAGCCCCACCCUAAAUUGGAAAAAGUUGGAGGACCCUGGCCCUCCAGUACUGAGUUUAGACUCCUGUGGUACCUGACGACCAUCGUGACCACAUUAAAUUUCUUUUUUCUUUUUUUCCAAGCCAUAUGAACAAGACCAGUUUUCUACUAAUGCUGUCGUACAAUUUAGAGCUGUGGAGGAAUCUGUUUCUGAGAUGUUUAAAGUGCAAAGCUUAAUCUCACUUGAAUUAAAUCUGAACUUAGUUUUGAGCGACAGUCGGCACUCUAGGCUAGUGUUUAACAGCAGAUGGCGCUCUAGGCUAGUGUUUAACAGCAGAUGGCGCUUUAGGCUAGUGUUUAACAGCAGAUGGCGCUCUAG